GGGGAAUGCUGUUGAAUUUGGGGCGCCUGGAAGAAGCCGCUGAAAUAUAUCGGGAGCUGAUUGACCGGAAUGCAGAAUGUUGGAGUUACUACGAGGGCCUGGAAAAAGCUUUGCGGCCACGUGAAAAAUUUAGAGAAUUGUUGGAUAAAUUCUUAAGGGUUAACUUCAGUAAAGGCUGCCCACCACUGUUUACAACUUUGAAAUCUUUGUACUACAGUACAGAAAAGAUUUCAACAAUCCAAGAGCUGGUAAUGAGUUAUGAAGCUUCUUUGAAAACGUGUCACAUGUUUAGUCCAGACGCAUGUAGGGAACCUCAAGGAAGCUGCCCGAUGGAUGGACGAGGCCCAGUCCUUGGAUACGGCGGACAGAUUCAUCAAUUCCAAGUGUGCAAAAUAUAUGCUGAGAGCAAAUCUCGUCAAGGAAGCGGAGGAAAUGUGUUCCAAAUUCACACGGGUAAAGGAAAAAUAAUUAUCACAAAAGAUCAAUAGAAGGAAAGCUUAAUUUUCUUUUUCUUUUACAGAAUGCGUCGGUUGCUUACCGAGUCAUCUCAAAUACACUUUUGAUACUUUAUCCCGGGUCUCCUCUUGUGUAUUUCAGCACUUCUUCGAGAUCACGGAUGACCAGUUCGACUUCCACACGUACUGCAUGCGGAAGAUGACGCUGCGUGCCUACGUCGAUCUCCUGCGGCUGGAAGAUGUGCUGAGGAAACACGCCUUCUACUUCAAGGCCGCCCGAUCCGCCAUCGAAAUCUACUUGAAGCUGCACGACCAGCCGUUGGCCAGCGAGAACAAAGAGCAGGAAGUCAACUCAGAAAACCUUUCCGCCAAAGAACUGAAGAAAAUGCUGAGCAAGCAGCGGCGGGCGCAGAAGAAAGCGAAACUGGAGGAGGAGAAGAAGCACGCGGAACGAGAGCGGCAGCAGAAGAGUCAGAAGAAGAAACGAGACGAGGAAGAAGAGGAGACCAGCGGCCCGAAGGAAGAAUUGGUCCCUGAGAAACUGGAAAGG